UAUCGGAAGCAAUAGACACCCUGAAAAUAGGAAAUUUCAGCUUUUUACAUUUACACGAUAUGUACAUUGAUAAAAUUCGAUCAGCGAUAUACAUAUGUACAUAUGUUAUUCUACUAAUAUACAAAUCUUAUAUAACACUUAAAUAGAGACAAAAUAGAAUUAGAUCUAUAUGUAUGUAAGUACUUAUGUAACUGUGUCAUUGGAUUUUUUCCACCUUUCAAUGUUUCGUAUUUGUACUUUUUUUAAAUUCAUCUUUCUGUUCUUUCCGUGAAUAAGAACGCCCCCAUACGGUUACCAGGCGAACGACUUUGCCGACAUCGCAUCGACACUGUCGAUGUGUCUUAUCGUUUGGUUGUGUGUGCUCGAUUCGCACAGUUUUAAGGUUAUAACGUUAUAACUUUGCGUUUCAACUGGUUUCAACGUUUCAACCAAAACGUAUCGUAUCAGUGCAGUGAUUUGGCGAUGCUGUAUUUCGUUGCUUUAUUCUUCAUACCUUGUUUAAGAAAACGCUAAAAAAUCAGCAAGAAUAUUUACAAUCGAUAUCAAAUGUCUUCUAUUUCGGCGGUGCAGCUGGAUAAGCGAUUUAACGAGAAUGAACCAUGCUAAUACAGGAAUGAAGGUUUAUGCAAAUAACGUAUCAAAUAUACGACAGAGAAAAUUUGAAUCAACAAGUAAAGUGAACUCGAGCGAAAUGGUGGGAUUAGAAAGCGAGGAAUCGAUCCAGUCAAACAUUUUCGAUGCUGCUAUGGAAUUAGAAAUGAAAUCAGACGAAGAAACAGAGAGUGAUGGGGAAGAACAUACUCGACGACUUAUACCAUCAUCGAUGGAACAUUGUUGCGUUACCACCACAACCACCACCACCACCACCACCACCAACAACAACGAUGACAAAGAGUCGGUGGUUGUUCGAAAUAAUUGUCAAUUGAAACGGCUCGAAGAGGAAAAUCUUUGGUCCACCUCUAUACAAAUGUUUGUGCCUUUUUUAUUGGCCGGCUUUGGUAUGGUGGCGGCUAGUUUGUUGUUGGAUGUUGUACAGCAUUGGCCCGUCUAUCAAGUAGUGUCCGAAGUGUAUAUAUUGGUGCCUGCAUUGUUGGGUUUAAAAGGAAACUUGGAAAUGACGUUGGCCUCUCGAUUUUCCACUCACGCGAAUCUCGGAUAUACCGACACAAAGAAGCAGCGUUGGACUUUGAUAGUUGGAAAUCUUACUUUGAUCCAAUGUCAAGCAACGGUAGUGGGCCUAUUAGCUUCUAUAGCAGCGGUCGUGCUCGGUUGGAUACCAGAAGCACAAUUUGAUAUUCAUCAUGCUCUUUUACUAUGCGCCAGUGCCUUAUCUACUGCCUCCAUAGCGAGUUUUUUAUUGAGCUUAGUCAUGAUCGCCGUGAUACUUUUGUCAAAAGAGAUGAAUAUCGAUCCGGAUAACAUAGCUACGCCGAUCGCAGCUUCUCUCGGCGACUUGACCACUUUGGCCCUUCUUUCAGGAAUCGCGUCCCUUCUUUAUAAAAGUAUGGAUUAUGCCGCAUGGAUAGCUCCCACCUUGAUAGCAUUUCAUAUCGUCGUCACUCCUGUUUGGGGCUACGUAGCAGCGAAAAAUCCCUUUACCAGAGAAAUAUUAGACUAUGGCUGGGUACCUGUGAUAUGCGCAAUGUUAAUUAGCAGCGUAGGAGGUUUGAUACUAGAUUAUACGAUAUCUAGUUACAAAGGUAUAGCUGUAUUUCAAUUGGUGAUAAACGGUGUUGGUGGUAAUUUGGUCGCUGUUCAGGCCAGUAGGAUAUCAACAUCGUUGCAUAAAGAUCGUCGGUCCGGUAUUGAAACACCUACCGUUCGUUUUAGCCCGUUCCACGUGUUUUGUAGCAAAGAUGGACACGCAAGAACCGCACGAGUUCUGUUAGCAAUGGUGAUACCUGGUCAUCUGAUAUUUGGUUACACUAUCAGUUACCUUCAAGCAGGACAUACAUCUUUCACGCCUAUAUUCAUCGUCGUCUACUUGACCGCGGCUUUGUUACAGGUAAUUCUAUUACUGUACAUUGCUCGAUUAAUGGUAGUCUGGAUGUGGAGAAAAGGAAUGGAUCCAGAUAGUUCGGCGAUACCAUAUCUAACGGCAGCCGGUGAUUUAAUUGGGACGGCAUUACUUGGGAUCGCGUUUCACAUACUAUACGCCAUCGGUGAUAGAGAUUCGGACGUAGGAGAUUGACCGUUUUGGACCAUUAUUUACUAUUACAUUUAACCGCUCGUGCAAAAUAUUCACUCAACGUGGUGACCAGAGAACACAGUUUUGAUACGCUGCGCGCACAUUUCGAUGUAUCAGAUACGACAUAGGAUUGUAGGAUGAUUCGUUUGAAAAGUUUGCUAAAUAACGAGAAAAACGAUUGAAAAGAUUGAAAUUCGCGGAUAAAAGUUAAUCAAGUUGAAACGAUGUAAAAAUGGUAAAAGCGAAUAAGAGCGAAUAAGAGCGAAUAAGAGCGAGUUAAGCGAGCAAGAGAAGGGAAUAAGAAGGGAAUAAAAAAGCAGAAAGGAAGCGCAUAGGUAGGUCAGACGGUAGAGAAUACGAAUCGAGUUAAAAGUUGGCUGUAGUGGUGUUUCUUUCGUACGAUGUACGUACGUACGUACGUAUCGCGUACGGUCAAGUAACGAGUAGGGCUUAAAGGUUCGUAAAGGUAAUCGCGUAAGCGAGACAGAUUCGAGCUUGUGCGUUCAAUGUUCCUACGUAACGAUACGUGCACGUGCACGUGCAAUUGUAGAUACACACAGAUACAUAUAGAGGAGUGCUGAUAUACAGAUACAUAGGUAACGUGCUCGUGCUCGCGCUCGCAAUCGCACACAUAUACAGAUACGUUAACUCGACGUCGGACGAUUCGUAUACAUACGUACGAAAGGAACAAGCGUGAUGGUUGAGAAGCACAUCAUCCCGUCUCCGUCAAUGAAAUAGUUAGAUCUGUCAGUGCCAACUAUCGCAUCGGGCUCGACGGAGCCUUUUAGAUUUCAUCUAUCGCGUUCUUCCAUCCAGUCGUUUUCUAAAGCUGUUUUCGCGCUGCUCUCCCUAUCGUUUACCGACUAUACUUUCUUUCAACUGUUGUCGAGAGAAAAAAAAUCAGAGAGGAUCGGAGAAGAUGGAUUUUCUCGAUUAAAGUUGACAAGAAGAAUAUUGGAAAAAAUUCGUUUCAUAUAGUGUAAUUGCUUGAACGCGUACCGGCGCGGCGGAAGGGCAAAGAUCAAAGAAAUACAAAUUCCACGAGACGAUGCUCGUCCUCGGAUUUCUGUGUCUGUAUUUAUCGUACUCCCUCCGUAGUAAGAGACUUUUUCACAUCCUCCGAGAGGGUACGCGCGUUCUUCGUUCUUCGUUCUUCGUUCUUCGUUCUUCGUUCUUUGUUCUUCGUUCUUCGCUGUUACGUCGGCAACGAAAAGAACGAGAAUAAUUGGCACGAAUAGCGAAAUAGUAGAAUAGAAUUGUACGUGGUCUGGCCAAAGUUUCGAGUUUUAAACGAAACGAGAAAAGAAAGCAAUCCGCGACGACGACGGUGCAUGAACAAAUACGCGUCCCAAACCGUGUGUAUUCCUUUCUUCGAUACGUAGAAACGUUUUACCGUCUUAAUUUCGCGAAUCUCUUAAUUUCGAGAAAUUUGUCUUUUCUCUCUUUAUCUCUCUAUUUCUGUUUCGCUUCUUCUUUUCCACCUUCACUCUACGUAUACGUAUUUCUCCGUUGUUUACCGUUUCUCAUCGCGUUACGAUCACGUGUAAAUAUAAUCGCGAGAUACAACCUUUUAUCUCGUAUGGACCGUCGCGUCGGUCGCAAGACAGGAGGGUAGUACAUAGCUACUUGGAGAAGACGAUGGGAACAGAUCGGUUCGUUCGUCCAUGGUAAACGAAGGGGAUGCGUUCGAAAGCGCGGUUCGCGACUCACGGGAACCAAGUAUCAAAACGUAUGUUAAGUUAUUGCUCCUCAUGGUCGAACUUAAACACGUGGAGUAAUUUAUCAAUUUGUGAAUAUGUUACGGAAGUGCUUCGUACUCGCGCGUCGCUAACGUUAAACGGCAAUAUUUGCAAAUGUCAAUGCAUGAAUGUUGCAGGACACGUUUGAUUAUUAUUGAUUGUGCGCUAUCUUCACUUUUUGUUUUUACAUUACAACACAGCAGCAGCAG